AUGCCUAAUAUCCUCUCCAAAGCUACUGUCACUGCUGUUGGCCUAACAUGUAAAUCGGUCCUAAACCUGGGUCUAUGUUCAAUGACUGUGAACGGCCUUCCAAAUAUUAUGCGGGCGUUAGAAAGCGAUGAGAGGGACAACGGUAGAGGGAUUGUCACAGUGUCCAAUCAUAUAUCUACAUUAGAUGACCCAAUGACUUGGGGAGUAAUGCCUGUGAACACGUACUGGAACUCCCGUAAAACGCGCUGGGUGCUUGGAGCAUCCGACAUCAUGUUCAUUAAUCCUAUACUGUCGGCAUUCUUUCGGAAGGGUCAAGUGAUCGAGACUUUUCGAGGAAGGGGCAUUUACCAGCCUGCAGUAGACCUCGCCAUCCAGAAAUUGACGCAGGGAGAAUGGUUGCACUUAUUCGGCGAGGGCUACGUCUCGCAGCCUGCGCUGCAAUCGGUAGAGCACAAUAAGGGCCGACUACGACGUUUCAAAUGGGGAAUCGGCCGUAUGCUCAUGGAAACUCCUAGACCACCCGUCAUCAUACCAAUGUGGAUAGCCGGCUUUGAUAGGCUUAUGCCAGAGGGACGUCGCUUCCCGUUCAACUUCAUACCACGUCUCGGUGCGAAACUGAGUGUGACGUUCGGCGAGCCCAUCCCACCGGAAGAUAUCCUGUCUGCAUUGCAGCGUCGCACCGGCAUCCCGGCAAACGCGUCGCAGACGGCCAGCACUUGGGUCGCGAAGACGCCGGAGGAGCAAGCGGAUCGAAGUUUACGAAGAGACCUUGGAACGGAUGAGGGAAGCAGGGAUAUACGCAUAGCAGUGACGGAUGUGGUGCAACGCGCUGUAGAGGCGCUCGGCAGACGAGUAUCCGGUGACAUGCUGGGUAAACAGAACCCUUGA